AAAGUGAAGAGGCCCACAUAGGAAGCCUUGGAACUCACAACGAAUAUAAAUUUUAUUAUUAGUAAAGCCGUUUAGAAUAAGUUUUAUUUUUUGUUUAAAUACGGUGUAAGAAUUUGUCGUUGCCAUUGGAACUGAUGGAUAUUUCAGAAAGCAUGGAUACUGCCACCAUUGACCUGGCUGAGAAGAGUCAUGUGAAGAACAAGCUGCCCUGGUACCAUGCGUCCAGCUUCCUGCUGCUCUGGCCCGCUCUCUUCUUUGCUGUGGCCUAUCCGCUCUACAAUGCGAUGCCCAAGCCGGUUAACAUUGAUGAGGAGCUUUAUAAGCCGGGCCAGUUUGUGUCGGAGCGUGCUCAGCAUCUGCUGCUGGAACUGGACCGUCUGGGACCCAAAAUUAUCGGCGAUGAGAUGAACGAGAAGACAAUGAUUGAGUUUCUGCUGAGGGAAAUGGACAGUGUUCAUCGGGAAAUGCGACACGAUCUCUACACUCUGGAGGUGGAUGUGCAGCGGGCAUCGGGCGCCUAUCUGGCCGUCGACUCGAUCAAUAUGUAUCAGGCAGUGCAAAAUGUGAUCGUCAAACUGACGCCUAGGCAGUCAAACAGUUCGGCCUAUCUGCUCGUCAACAGCCACUACGAUACCAAGGUGGGCAGCGUGGGUGCGGGAGAUGCCGGCUCCAUGGUCGUCACCAUGCUGGAGGUGCUGCGCCAACUGGCCACAUCCAACGACUCGUUCGAGCAUCCGGUUAUCUUCCUCUUCAAUGGCGCCGAGGAGAGUGAGCUGCACGGCUCGCACGCAUUCAUCACACAGCACAAAUGGUCCCCCAGCUGCAAGGCACUGAUCAAUGUGGAUUCGCUUGGAGCUGGCGGUCGUGAGUUGCUCUUCCGUGCCGGUCCGUUUCAUCCGUGGCUAAUACGCCACUACAAAGCCGCCGCCAAGCAUCCAUUUGGAACAACAUUGGCUGAGGAAAUAUUCGAGUCGCGCAUUGCGAAUUCCAAAUCGGACUUUGGAAUCUUUCGCGAUUACGGUCCUCUGCCGGGUCUGGAUAUGGUAGUCCAAUACAAUGGAUUCGUUUAUCACACCAAAUACGAUCGAUUCGAUGUCAUAUCACGAGAUUCGCUGCAAAGCACCGGCGACAAUCUCCUUGCCCUGGUCAGAAGUAUUAGCAAUGCCAAGGAGAUGCGCGAUAUCAAGGCACACGCAAAGGGGCGCUCGGUCUACUUUGAUUUCUUGGGACUAUUUUUCGUUUCCUAUCUGGAGUCCACAGCCAUUUUCCUGAACAUCGGCUUUGGCGGGGGUGGCAUUAUCAUAGUGUAUUUCUCUCUAUGGUACAUGUCAAACAAAUUAAAUAUUGACGUUGGCACCGUGGUCCAGGAGUUUGCUAUUAUGUUUCUCAUGGAGUUGGUGUCGUUUGGCCUGGCUCUGGGCCUGCCCAUGCUCAUCGCCACGUUCUACGAUGCCGGCAAACGGACGAUGACCUAUUUCACGAACAGCUGGCUGGUCAUUGGAAUCUACAUUGUUCCGUCGAUCAUUGGUCUUGUGCUUCCAGUGACGAUCUACUUGAUUAUCGGUCGUAAUAAGCGGAUUCCAUCCAACUAUCGCCUGCAGAUCGCCGGCCACGCCCAUUGCAUUUUCUUUGCCCUGCUGUGCAUUGUGUUGACCAUUUUGAGCGUGCGCAGCGCCUACCUCUUCAUGAUCUCCCUGCUCUUCUAUGUGGGCGCACUGUGCAUCAAUAUGAUCUCCAAGCUGCAUGAGCGCGGCUACUUCUGGUCGCUCGUGCUAGGCGCCUGCCAGGCCAUACCUUUCCUGUACUUCAGCUACUUGUUCUACGCCUGUCUGGUCAUCUACAUUCCAUUGACGGGCCGCACCGGCACCACUGCGAAUCCGGAUCUGCAGAUUGCCAUACUCUGUGCUGCGGGCACUAUUCUGGCCCUGGGCUUCUUGGCUCCACUCAUAAAUGUUUUUCGUUAUCCUGUAAUAAUCAUUGGCAUUAUGACAGCCACGACCUUUUUAUUUGUCCUGGUAUCCGUUUCAGAGUUGGGCUUCCCCUAUCGCCCCCGAACGAAUGUGAUGCGUCUGAAUUUCUUGCAAGUGAAUCGCAAAUUGUACGAUUACAAUGGCUCCAUCAGCCAUCAGGAUGCCGGCUACUACUUCGGCCUGCACGACCAUCGUAAGGAGCAGCCGCUGCGCGACAAACUGGACCUCACCGGCAUGGUGGGCAUCGCAGACACUUGCGACUGUCAAAUGCGGUGCGGCCUGCCCUGCGGCACUCAGCGCUGGCUGCCACGCACGCAGCCCGUCCAAAUGCCCGGAGACACCACUCUCGAGCUGCUCAACAAGACGGUCGUCAACAGCGGCUACUCGAUUCGCUACAGUUUCCAGCUGACUGGGCCCUCUCGCAUGACCAUCUACCUGAUGCCCCUGGAGGGGGUCAAGAUGGUGGACUGGUCGUUCUUGCGGGGAAUGCUCGACAGCCCGGCCAAGUACAAGCCGCCGUAUCAGAUCUCCUUCACCUGGGGCGCCGACAGCUCACCCAUCAAGUUCUACGUAGAGUUGACGAAGACCAAUGGCAAGUUCAAUGAACCCGUUUUCGAAAUUGGCAUCGCCGGCCAUUAUCUGAGCCAUGUUCACAAGCGAGAUGCGCUAAGCGCACUGUUUAUAAAAGAGUUUCCAGAUUUUGUAAACGCCGUGGAAUGGCCAACUUCUUACGAUCGUUAUAUCUAUUAAAGUUACUGUUUUUAUAAUUUUGGACUAAUAGCAAAAUAUAUGUAAACGUCAAGUGAAUGCAAU